GCGACAUGCUGUGGCGAGUUUGUUUUCAUCUGAGUCAAAGAUAGAAAAAUAGAGAUGCUAGAUCCACGUCAUGCAUAUCUUCUGGCGAUCAAAGCAUGAUGCAACAGAACACAGACACCGACGUGGCUGAUAACUCACAAACCAUAAGAAGACAAGGCAGACCACACCCGCACUACUGGAUCACCACAUUGUCCUGCAACUUAUUCGCAUCAGAACCACAACCACCAGCCUUAUUAAGAUGCGAUCCAUCUCCAACCCCCUACCCUUGCAACUCAAACUCCCCGAUGACCCCGAGACACUCGCCCUCCUCAACCGCAUCGUAGUCUACACCGCCGUGAUCCUCUACCACACCAUCUGGAACGCGCCAGCCUACCACAUUAAAUUCGCCACGAACACCUCCUGCCUGUCCUUGCACAUCGCCACCGGCCUCCUAGAGUACUUCCGCUACUGGCUCGCCAAAGCGCAGACCCCACAUUCGCAAACGAUCCUCCCGGACGCGCUCGACGUGCUGAGCAGCCUGAUCUGGUCGGGGACGAGCUUCGUGCUGGUGCGCACGCUCCGCCGCGGCGAUCCCCGCACGACCCGCCCGCCCUACCAAGCCGCCGCAUGCCUACGGCCUCUGGCUACCAUAGCGGCAUAUGCAUUCCGCAUCCCGAGUCUGCAUACACUCAGCAUAUACGCUUUGGAAGGGUUCAUUUGGACGCGGCUGGCGAUCUUCUACUUUUCCCGUACGCCGUACCUGCGCCGUACAGCUAAGGACAGCACGGUGUAUGCGAUCUCGGUGCCAUUGGCGGCGGUGUUUAGUGUGCAUCAGAGUCAGGUGCCGGGCGCGUCGUUGGGGUUUGUGCUGGCAAUGGCGUAUAUCAGGCAGUUGAAUGAGUGGGUGACGCUGCGGUCCAGAUGCUCGAGAGAUCCGCAGACGAGGGAUGAAGUGUCGACCUGGGAAAGGUUUUUGGUGGUCGGGUUACGAACGUUGGGGUUCGUGGAGCUGGAUGAAUUACGCGCUGUUUCGGAAGAAGAAGCGUUGGAGAAGAAGUUGAAUGACGAGUAUGUUUCCAAGGUCCAUAGCUGAGGAAGUUUAAGGAGCGUCGUAGGAACGGUUCUUAGGGUUCUUACCUUUUCUGAGAUAUUGUAUAUGGUUAAGCAUAGUUUUGUGAUUGACUGACUGAAAAUAAGUUGCGAUUGCAAGUGUCGUUAAAUUACCGAAUUCGUGUACUAGAGUAAGGAACUGUCUACUGCAUACGAUGGACCAUCACUUAGAGGAUAGCAAAGAGUGCGCCUCCGGCUUUGUGUAGAGGAAAGCGAGGACGCGCUCUGUGCAUCCAUCGUCCGACUUGGUCGGGUCCCGGGGGUCCUUGAAGUGGUUCUCCACGAAGCCGCGGAAGGGGUCGGACAAGUCGCGCCACUGCAACACGACC